AUGGUGGAUCCGCAGGGCACGUCGUUAGAACAACACCUGAAGGAUGAGCGUGCAGCGUAUGCCAGCCUCGCUCUUCUGAACAUACAAUCGAGUGCCCUUCUGGAUCGUUUUUAUCGAGAGUGGUUUGCAUUGGAUUCGAAGCGGCAGACGCUCAUGAAAGAGUUGGAGCAUCAUAGCCGCGCUAUUCGUGAGCACCGGCGGAGAUUGGAGUUGACGUUGUUUCCACCCGAGGUGAGGGGGUGGAUGCAGUCCGUGUUGCCUGAAAUGGAAAUUUUGGAAGAGGGCGGCCCAAAAAUGAAUGCACUUUAUGAACCAUUCUCUGAUACGCUGUGCUCAAGACUUCCUGCAACAGGAAAGAUGCGAGCGGCGUUUGAAGAGGCCAUCACACGGCAAGUUGUGCGCUGGGAAGAAGGAAACAAAGGUCCCUGUUCGGAGUACAAGGAGCAACCGGCUCCCUCACGUUUGUCACGAGUCACUCCUCAACCGGGAAUUCUGUUAGGUUCCUGCUUUUUGCCGUACAGGGACCCCCAAACGGCCGAAUUGCGUCGUCGAGCUGUGGGCGGAGAUUUAAUCGUCAUGAAGAGCCCCGAACUGAGUGUGGGUCGUGUACUUGUCUCCAUGCAUAUGGUUUGCCGCGGUGAUCUCAUCAUGGUGGAAACACCACUGUUCACUUCUCCCACGUCAGGGAAUGAGGCAAAUCAUGAGGGUCUUCUUCCACCAGCUGUUCGAAAUGCCAUGAACUCGGUGCUACGUCAGUCCGAGGUCUUUGCGGUGCAAGGGUGGGACACCCGCCUUAUUCGUCCCUUCUAUGAAUGGUUGACAGAGUUGGCAUUUGGUGAGAAGCAAGAAGAGUUUUUGCAGCGAUGGGAUGAACUUGGAUGCCCAGUGGAAGAUGUUGAUCCCACUCUCCUUUCAAAGUUGUCUGACCUGGCACACUUUGUGUGGAUGAGUCUUCCGUCUUCACUUUCAUCGAUAUUAGAAAGCGAGGAACGAGUGCUUUUGUUUUUUAUAACCCUUAUAACAAAUGCAAUGAACUACGGUGGGGGUACAUGGGCAUACGAAGAUGUCUUUUACAGCGCAGAAAAUGGUGUUUGUCUUGGGAUGCUCGAAACAGGGAUAGGCGUCUUUGGUGGAAUUUCAUUGAUUGAGCACAGUUGUCAUCCCAAUGCCCUUGUCGUGUUUCGCCAUGGGUGCACCCCAGAGAGCAUUGUGUUUGCCGAGUUACGAGCCACACGUCCGAUUGGAAUCGGGGAACGCAUCACGAUUGCGUACGUGCCAACUUUUAUUCCAAAGGAAGAAAGACAAAAACGGUUGCGAGCCAAAUUCUUCUUUUCCUGCGCGUGCGUUCACUGUACAGCUGGGUAUGAUACAACACGACUGAUGUUUGCUUCGUGUGAGUCACUGGAUGAAAGGGUAGUCAUGUGUCCAAAGGGGCGGGGAUCGGAGUGGACGCUGUGGUCUCUGAAGUUGCGUCCCUGUGUGUAUGGUUUAAAGGAGGUUGGGAAGUCUUAUCGCUAUGAUGACACCUACGUUUUAGAUGCGACCCGUGAUGAGAUGCUAUUUCGACAAGAUAUGAAUAGCAAUGAAUUGAACGGAGAUGAUACUCUGGUGCCGGCACUGAGAAGAGAAGUGAAACAGUUAACGGAUGUGCUGCAUGGGGAGGCAAAAAGUCACGUCAGUCCACUUCACCACCUCUUUCUACUUCGAGCGCUGCAAGUAGCGGCAAUUACAAAAUCGCGGUUUUCUCAGUUGGAUGCUGCCAUGAUAGAGGCCGUGCUGAUGCUUAUGUGUGAAUUGCUGAAGGAGCUGACAGGGAUCAUCUUUUUGCUGCCUGACUGGUUUGCAACGGAACUUCUUCUCAAUGAGAGACAUACGGGUGCGCUCUCUGAUGAUCUGGGCGAUAGGUUAUUGAAUGACAGCAGCAAUAGAGGUAACGGGGCGCGGCAGCCGUGGCAAGAGUGUCUCACCAUGCAUCCGCUGCUUCAUCCACAUGGCAAUCUUCUGGUCUCGCUCUUGGAGUAUUAUGCCAUACUCCGUGAGGAGUCGGGAAACAUUGAAGCCGCAAUGAACGCGUGGACUGCGUGCGUUUCUUUGCUGCGACACGGAAUGUGCCAGGGUGGUUCUGAACGCUGCAUUCGCGCCCAGUUGAGGGCCCUGCAUUGCCGUCACCAGCAGCAAAAGCAGCAUUAA